AUGGCUAGUGCCGUGGCUGACAUACACGUGAAAGAAGCAUCAAAGGGUGACAAUUCAGCAAAGAACGCCUUGUACAGCAUUCGCUUCUUAUGUGGAUUCCUGUUGCCCUUCCUGGUCAUCCUGUGCUGCUACAUUAUAGCUGGCAUCGGGAUACGCAGAACAAGGUUUUCUGGAAAAUCGAGGCCUCUCCGGAUUCUUGCUGGACUGAUCUGUGCUUUUUUCUUAUGUUGGGGCCCCUACCACUGCCUACUGCUCGUCAAGAUGGUGGACAAGAAGAGCCAUGCUGUUAAAGUGGGCCUGCCUAUUGCUAAGGGCUUUGCAUAUUUCAACAGCUGCAUAAACCCGGUGCUGUACUUCUGCAUGGGACUGGAUGUUAGGCGACGCUUCAGACAAAGCAUAUCAGGGAUUUAUCGCAGAGCACUUAUGGAAGAAGGCCACACUAUGCAGUCCCAGGAAGGCACUGCAGAAGAAAGCUGUAAUUCUAUUCCAAAGACUGCAGGGAUCGUUCGAGACAGACCUGAGGGCAUGACUAAAGUUUAAAAGAGUUUCAUUGUAAUGUCAUUUUUGCUUUUUAGCAGUACCGGUCAGUGAGGAAAUAUUAUGGGGAGGCCAAUAUGUAAACACUGAUUAAAUCCAAAUGUGAAAAUGUUUUUUUUUUGCUGACAAUUAUGCUACCAGGCUGUUUUUA